GAAGGAUCAAUUUUAAGGUCAAUUAUGAGGCAGCGGUAAUACGAUGUACAAUGAGGAAUCGCUUGAGUCCAAAUUUACAGAUAAAAUAUUCGGUGGUAUAUUCGUCUCAGUUAGCAUUGUCAUAAUCGGUCUCUGGAUUUACGUGAUAGCAUUAUCAGAUUUAGAAAUACUUUUCAGCAACUACGACUGUAAUGGCAACGUUUGUGGUAGUGAAAAGAAUCUGAAGCCACUUUUGUUUAUGAAAUUCAACGUUUCUAAGUAUAAAUACUUGCUUCACACUAAUUUUGAAGACAAGGUAUUAUCUGUACCUGUUUGUGUUCAAAGAUGUCCGGACCGUUUCAUAAACUCUUCGAAGCAGCUUUCAAAUUUUAUAAACUCAACAGGUGUAUUCUUGUGUGACCCAAGGAUUCCUCCUCUGCUUUAUGAAUCUCAACCGCGUAUUUUAAAUGUAUCAUUAUGUCCAACAUUACCAUUAUAUCCUACGAUACCAAUUGGUGGUGUAUGUAUACCAGUCAAUUUUAUAAAUCAUAGCAAUUUUGCAAAUUUUCAAUAUAAUGCGGAUUCAGAAUUCACUUUAUCAUUAUAUCAAAUCAUAAUAUGUGGUCUAAUGGGAUCAGUUCUUAGCCUUUUGGUCAUUGGUGCUGUACGUUUUGUGCCAGUUGGAUUUUGUACAUAUAUAUUUGGUUAUACAAUAUCUGCUUAUUCAUUACUGAUGAUUUUUUUAAUUGUUCGUCUAUGGAUUCAUAUUAUGAGUUUGAAAUAUGCAUAUUGGUGGAAGAAUGAUGUAUUCAAUCAAAGUCAUUUAUUAAGUCAUGUAACAUUUACAAUUAUCCUAUGCAUUUGUUUAUUUAUUUUAAUAUGCAUCAUUUGUUUAAAUUCAUCAUUGAGAAACUCAACAAGUCAAUGGCAAAGUACAAUACAAUUUAUUGUUGAAGCAUUAUUUGUAUUAUUAUCAGAUUGUUUAACUGAAUUAUAUGGAUUCAUAAUCAUUAUGUUAAUCAUAAUAAUGAUAGGGAAUAGUUUAUUAUGCUUUCUAUCUGUAUAUAGUUUGUUACAUAUAUUUGCUAUGGUUGAACCAAUUCGAUUAAAAUUUACUGGAUGUUUGGAUUUUCGACAAAUCGGUUGGAUUCAAUAUGGAUUUUUACCUGUAUAUUUAUUAUAUUGUAUAUGGAUUAUUCGUUUUUAUUCAAGUUUUUGUCAAAUCUUUACAACAAUAUUCAUUUCUAAUUGGUAUCGUUCAAGUGAAUCUACAUACAAAUUGAAAACAAUCAAUCUUAUCAUUCAAAUUCUUCAUACAAUUUUAUAUCAAUUUAUUGGAAGUUUAAGUUUAGCCUCUUUAUUAAGUUAUUUUACCUGGCCAUUACUUCAAUUAUUAUGUUUAUACAGAAUUAUUAAUUAUAUAAUAAAACAUAAAAACGUAUCCAUUUUAAAAUCUACAUCGAAAUGGGAACAGAAAUUACAAAAUUUCGAAUGGCAAAUUCAUCAUUUAGAUUGUAAUGUAUUUACAUUAAUUAUUAUUGAAAAACAAUCAUUUUACAAAUCAUGGAAACAAUUAAAUUCUAGUUUAGUAACUAUUCAAUCAUUAAAUAAUAUAAUAGAAUUAAUUCGAUGGUCAGAAGUUUUAUUAACAUUAGCGAAAUUAGCUAGUUCAGCCAUAGCAACCAUGUUUGGAUUAAUUUACUUCUCUCUGAGACCGCCAACAUUAAUUGCAUUUCCUAUCAUAGCAAUUAUCUCAUUUGUAUUUUGUUAUUUUAUUUCAAGUGUUAUACUUGCCACUUUACAACAUAUACUAUCUACAAUUGUAAUUUGUUAUUGUUUACAAGAAUGUAAAUUUGCUGAAGAUGAACUAUUUGGUCGUGAAUCUAAAUUUAUUUUUCGGCAUGAAAAUUUCAAGUGUCAUUUGGUCAAAUUAUUAAAUACUACCAAUUCAAAGCCUAAUACAUUACGCAAUGGAUGUAUAACAGAUAAAUUUCAUAAUCAAUUAUCUGAUUCUUUUCAAAAUUAUCGAAAUCUUGAUAUACAAUGGAUAGAGAAUUCAGAGGAUGAUAUUAGUGUCAAAGGAUUUACAUUGAAUCCUCCAUUACCAAAGAAAAAAACUAUUUGUAUACAGUAAUAUUAUGUAAUGAUUGUAAAUUAUUGUAAUAUUUCAACUUCUAUUAACAUAUAUAUUCAUUUUUUAUAAUUCUAAUGAUACUACUACUACUACUACUACUAAUACUAUUACUAAUACUAAUACUACUACCAAUACUACCACU